AUGUCGAAUCCUGCAGAGUCGGACCUCAGCCGGACGGCAAGGUGGCUUGUCCCCUUUGGACUGAUCUUGUUCCCUUUUUUCUGGGUGAACCUUGUCAACAAGGUGGUCCCGGAACCCUACCUGGAUGAGGUCUUUCAUGUUCCCCAGGCUCAGGCAUACUGGGCGCAUAAAUGGUCUCAAUGGGACCCAAAGCUCACUACUCCGCCGGGUUUGUAUCUGGUCUCAUACCUGGUCUUCACCCUCCGUACCCCGGAGGCGUUAACUACCGAUGUCCUUCGCAUGACCAACAUCGGUGCCAUCUCGGUCUUGCUUCCAUGGAGAUUGCAAACACUCCUAGACACUAUUCAAAAAACCACUAACACCCGGCCGUUGGGUGCUAAUCUUUCACACACUGUCUUGAACAUCUGUCUCUUCCCGCCGUUGUUCUUCUUCUCGGGUCUAUACUACACCGACGUUCUUGCUUUGCUCUUCACGGUGGAAGCAUACAACUGGGACCUCAAGAGAGAUUCACAGGUAUCCACCAACGGGAAGCGUAACAAACUCCUGGAAAAUCUAGGUUUCCUGGCUUUUGCUCUAUCGGCAUUGAUCUGUCGUCAAACAAACAUCUUUUGGGUUGCUGUAUUCCUCGGUGGGCUUCAGGCCGUGCGCACAAUCAGACGUUCUUCGAAGAACUGUAUGUCGUCUAAAUGGACGAACAUUGUGAAGCAAAGCGGCCAGAAUGAGCUCUACGAUCCCCCUGUUUCAGGGGCUUCGUUUGAAGGUCACAAGGAGUUCCACACUGCUGGAAUUCAUUUGGCCCAGAUGCUUUACAUCUGGCCCUAUAUUGCUUUCUUCUCGUGGCCACUUUUCGUGAUCCCACUCAUCAACAUCCUCGCGAUCAAACCACUUCCCGCAUGGAUCAACCUCGGCUUCCCUCCGAAGCAGAGAAAGUACCCAAGGCUCGUGGCAGCUGCGAUUGUCAUUCCCGUAAUGUUAGCUGUGGUUCACUUCAACACUAUUGUGCACCCCUUCACCCUGGCCGAUAACAGACACUAUGUGUUUUAUGUUUUCCGUCUGCUUCUGGGUGUUCACCCAGCCAUCAAAUAUGCCGCAGUUGUGGUCUACUUCCUGUGCGGGUGGGCGGUCAUCUCUGCCUUUGGAUUUACCACAAUCCAACGCCCACCUAGAACUGUACGCAUCCAAGAGCCGUCUGCUCCUGCUGCUGCCCCACCUGCUGCUGCUGCUGCUCCCGCCCCGGCUCCAGUUCCGACUCCAGCUCCGGCUCCAGAUGUUUCCCGGGCUAAGCCCAAACCUAAGCCCAAACCAGCGCAGGCACACGAGCAACCGCCCAAAGGCACCAAACGACCCAGCAAACCAACCAAAAAGAAGGGCACCGAAUCUGCGUCUGAAAAGAAGACCGAUCCUGCCCCAGAGAAAAGUGCCGACCCCACUGACCCCGAGGUCCUGGCCAAGGUGCAACAACAUCUUCUCACGCGCCAGAAAGAGGCGAUUGACACACCCCGUGUCAGUUUUGUUUUGAUUUGGCUGGCUGCUACCACAUUAUCCCUGGUGACUGCGCCCCUCGUCGAGCCACGUUACUUCAUCAUUCCUUGGGUGAUGUGGCGUCUUCAUCUGCCUCCCUUGCCUUCCCUAUACAAGCACCGGGAGACACGUCCUCGAGAAGAAGCUGCUAAGCGGAACUCUGAUUUCAUUAUCAAUUCACCCAAGUUUGUGGAGAUGGCCUGGUUCUUGGUCAUCAACCUGGUCACUGGGUAUGUCUUCCUGUACAAGGGCUUUGAGUGGCCACAAGAGCCUGGCAAGAUUCAACGCUUCAUAUGGUGA